AUGGCAGAUGUAGAGCAAAGAGAAAUGUCAUUAUCCGUGGAAAGAGUAAAAAACUUCAAUUACUCACAAUUUACUGACGUGACCCUUAUCGAGAGUGGAAAAUUUGCAAUUAUAUUUUCAGCCACCUUUGAAGAUAAAAAAUAUGCAUUAAAAAGCCUAAAUAAUAACUUAAAAAUUGAUGUUAAAACAAUAAGGCGAGUUAAACGUGAGAUUGAAAUUCUUUAUGAUAUCGAACACGAAAAUAUUAUCAAAUUUUAUGGAAUUUCAAAAGGUAUAAUAAAGAUUAGACUUAUAAGUCAAAAGCACUAA